AAGUCAUUCGCGGCUCAGCGCCCGCCGGCUUUUCCGCGCCAUGGCGGUGUCGGAAACGGCUUGCUUUGGGGGGCUCUUUCCGAGGGCGCCAGCGGAUGUGCAUCUCGAGAUGCGAAGCAUUCAGUCAGACAACCUGGUGACCAACGCGUCCAGUUUGUUUCGGGAGUUCGGCGGCAGCAUGAUGCAAGAAUUCGAGAUGACCAAGCCUUUCGAGCUGGGAAAGCUGAAGACGAUUUGGGGCAUGAAGUUGGAGUUUGCAUUGAGAACGGCUUUGGCGGCCCUCCUGGCAGCAGUCUAUGCGGUGCACCCUGAGGUUCAGAGAGGGGAGUGGGAGAAUGCCACCGUCUUCGCGCCCGUGCUGGCCAUUGCCUGUGUUUCUGGUCCAAGCUUAGGAGCAACGCUCCAUCACGCCUGGGAGAUGUGGCAGGCGACGGUGAUCGGGUGCCUGUCCAGCAUGAUCAUGAACGAGGCGCUGCGGCCUGUGCGGCCCUUCGCGCUGCGGGAGGCUCUCAUGCUGGGAGCUUUCCUGGCCACGGUGUUCUUCCUCUGUUCCCGGCCCUGGGCGCUGGUUCAAAAGCGAGUGUCUGUGGGCGUGAUGCUUUGCGGCACCAUCAACAUGUCAGUCACGCAUCAUGCGAAGCCGUGGUGGUUCCCAUGGACGAUUGGGGUUCCCUGCACUGUGGGCGUGGUGGCGGCGGUCAUCGCGAUGUGUUUACCGCGGCCUUGGCUGGCGUGUCGGGAACUGCGGACACGACUGGCCUUUCAAGCCUGGUCGGAGCGGCACGUGCUCAUUGAACAGUACCAUGCCUUUGCGGGGGCGGACUCAAUGCAUCAUGCCGCUGCGGCCCAUUUGAUUUCCGCUUUCCGCGACAACCAGGCGAAGAUGAAAGCCCUGCUGACUCCUGCGUCCUGGGAGCUCUUCUUCUACCCCGAGACUACCGAGCGUUUAGGUGCCGCAGUGAAGUUCUUCGAGAGCCAGCUGUCAGCCUUGAGGAUGCUUCAAUCGACAACUGCCCCUAUGACUAAGAAUACCGCGUCUGUCACGCAUGUGAAGUUCCAGUGCAUCACGGACCGCUCGUGGCAUUCGACCCUGAAGGCUGUCGCUGCUUGUGUUGAUGAUGUCGUGGCAGCGGAGCUGGAGGAGCGCGGCGUGCAAGAGGAUAAGCUGCUGCGUUUGGAGAAGAGCUGGUCCCAGCUAGAAGAGGACACCCUGAAGGCCCGCUCGCGGAUCAUGUACCAAGGAGGAGCGCAGUACGAUGAGAGCGAGCACCGCACGGAGCACCACUUCGAGCAUGUGAAUCGGAUGACCUGCUACUUCGCGCUGCACGAGAUUCUGUCUGUCACGUCGGCCUGUGCAAAGUUCGGGCUGAAGACGCCGAAGCGCAGGAGCUUCAAUCUGGGCCGCUGCGUUCUUCACUGGUUUUCACCCCCUUCAACGAUGGUGGCGCAGGACGCGUUCAAGAAAGUCUUGUCCUUGGGUGUGUUGUGCAUCCUGGCGUGGAUCCCGGAGCUUCGAGAGCAACGGCCGGAGUUUAUUUGGGGCUUCAUCGCGGCCAGCUUUAUCUUCUCAGACUACGAGGGCUCCUCCAUCAGCACCGGGCUGGGGCGGGUGAUCGGCACGCUCUUCGGAGGGAUGGUGGGGUUCUUGGCGCUCUUUUUGCUGGAGUUGAUCGAGUGGGGGGAGCUGGAGGUGCUUGAGCUGGCGGCCUACGUCGUAGUUUGUGUCACCUGGACGUUUCUAUGCAGCUUAUCCCGAUCUUCUCCCCGCCACGGCUACACGGCCACAGUGGCUGGCUUCAGCAUCUACAUCAUGGUCGUUGGGCGCCUGGAGUCCUUUGGGGCUAAGGCUAGCAAGGACGUGGUUUUCCAGCGGACCCAGGAGCAGUUUUUGGGGGCCGCGAUCUACAUGGUGGUGGAGAUGAGCUUGUGGAGAAAAUCUGCCAGGGCGCAAGUGGAUGACCAACAGGUGAGAAUCCUCCAAGCCAUCAAAGAAAGCCUCUCCGACGCAGCGCAUCCGCAUGUGAUGACAGCUGGCCAGGAGUCUUCGUCUUCCUCCGCAUUGUCCUCAGAUGAGUCCUCCACACCCAAAAUGGAACUGGAGGCCAAGCAGGUCGCCCAAGCAGCAAUCGCAGGGAACGCGGCGCUGGAUGCGGCCAAGCAGGGCAUGGUGGCGGCCAACUACGAGCCGAGCCUGUGGCACAAGCCCUUCCCCCUCGCUGAUUACAGCCGGCUCCUGCACACAGAGGAGAAGGCGCUGCGCUUGACCCACGUGCUGCAUGCGGCAUCUCGGGCUGCCGCGACGGAUACCCUGGAUGCUGAUGUCCCGGGCCUUGUCGCCACAUACACCGCGCGCGCCAUCAGCUCCUUGCAGUCCGCCAUCGAGCAGCUUGAAGAUCCGGCAGAUCAGACGGAUCCUUUCACUACGUGGAGCGUUGAUUUGGGCUCGUACCUUACUGCUCAUCGCUCUGACAAACGCGCCCUGGAGGGGAACAUCGUGCACUGCAUCGAGGCCUCGCUGAAGCUUAUGGACCUACAGAAGGCAGACGCCAGCAUGCGCCGGGCGGCGGAACGACAUUUCCAGAGGUUCAAGACCCACCAGCCCAACUCCAACGGCUCGGCCUACUGCGUGAAUGCGACGGUGUUCUGCCUGCUGAACUUUACGUCAUUGAUGACCGAGCUUGCCGACCGCCUGCGGGUGGUGCAGGCUGCAGAGCAAGCUGUGGUGUAUGUGUAGCGCCACUUCGUCCUCGAGUUGGAAGUGGCAAGCCUUGCUUAGAAUUUCCCACCAAGCCAGCCAACACCAAGAGGUGUUGACAAAAGGCACAAGUCAAUUCUCGGGCCCAAAAGCGGACCCUCAGAAUGCCUUGGGACACAGAAGAAUUCGUGCAGAUAGCAUGAUUCGUUUUGCAGGGAUGCUCAGGGCUCCUUGCGGCGUCUUCUGAAGGACAAGAGCAUUCAGUUGCGCUUUGAGGCGCCCAAUGCCUGAGCAGGAUCCGGAAA